AUGCUACGCUAUCCCUACAACAACAGCACCAUUUUCACCGUACUUGGUCUCCUGGAUACAUUCGCGGCCGUGAAAACUGCCCAACCUAUCAUCACGGUAUUUUGGUCAAAAGAAGGCGAGCUGGUCGGUAUAGGAACGCGAGAAACUGAGCAUGCGACUCAGAAAGUAUGCGGGAAUGAGAAGCUAUUUGCAACGAGUAAGGACGUAAAGAUCCCGAAGAAGGGUUGGAUUACCGAGAUGGCCAUUAUUACAAAGGCAGAAGUUGAUGAAAAGGACCUCACCAAGGUUAUUCGCAAAGUUGUCGGGCUGCGAUUCAGCUUCUUCAGGGGAGAUCCCGUCCAGGUUGGCCAGAUUCAAGGCGAUGUGCGAGUUAUCCGUCCCGAUCCUGGCAAUUUCGUUGUCGGCUUCAGAAUCGGCCUGGGUAUUGGGCAGCCCAUUGAAAAGCUUGCCCUUAUGUUCCAGCCUUUCAAAAGCCCCUCGACUGCAGGGCAUCUGUGGAAGGGAGAAGCACCACCCGACGAGCUCGAUAUUAUGCCUUGCCGACAUGGUGCGAUCACCAGUGACUUAACAAAGGAUGACUUGCAGAUGGAGACGCGGAUAUUUGGCACGAAAGAGAGCGAUCUGGACAUGAUAUCUGCCAUAGGCGUGGAUGCUCAAGUUCGAGGUUUCGAACUCCGCCGGAAUGAUGGCACUACUCGCAGUAUCGGCAAGACAUACGCUAUGCAAGGACGCCAAGUGAUCGUUGAAGCGGGCGCUGGUAGGAACGGAGUUGUCUUUUCUGAAGAACAAAAACAUUGCCGCGAUGCUCUCAUGGGUAUCUACUGCCAUUGGGGGGACAGAAACAGUCCUGGCAUAGACUUCCAAAAUGUCGGUGCUUUCACUCGCAAGUGGAGUCGUAUUCCUGUCAGUACACCCACGCUGGCGAAGGAUAAAGAAGGGAGAUACUGGGUUCCAGGCCCUCCACCGAAAGAUUUGCGAGAAUUUGGCACCAUCUAUGGCAAAAGAAAGGUUGAACAACGACAGGUACCGAGUGAUAAAGCCACUGUAUCAUGGUUCGACUGCAGCAGACCCAUCUCAUCCAUCAAAGUAGCAUUAUGUCACGGAACCGAGUCUUCACAACUCCCUCUGGUUUCUCUGUCCUUCAACUACGCCGAGGACCAGACGACAGCCUCCAUCGGUCCAACAGAAUUCACGCCUCCCAAGGACACCCUCGGCCUGAAGGGGAACUACUGGUGCUGGUUCUUUCAAGGCUCACGCCGCGGCGAGGAGGAACUCGAACAGAAGCCACAUUACGUCCAAGACGAGUGGAAUAUCGAGGGAGCUCGUCUCAAGUUCGCCCACGUAUGGAUUGAUAAAGAUGGUAUCUUGACGGGGUUGCAGUUUAUCACUGAGGAUGGCAAGGAGAGUCCGGCUUGGGGGUAUUGCGAAGGGAAGAAGUCUGACAAGUUGUCUUUGCGGACCAAGAAUAAGGAUCGCGCUGUGGGGUUGAAGCUCUUUAUUGACAAUAAUGGCCGGGGGACCAGUCACGACGAUCAGGUGGUAACGGCCAGGGAACGAAACCGGUUACAUGUGUGUUAG